AUGAAUUUAAGCAUGUUAACUCGCUUGACCGCCGUUUUAAUCACGGGAGCACCGAGAUUCACAAGGUUUUUUUGUUGAUAAAGUUGAGUGUUUUAGAUAAUUUGCUAAUUUCAAGAGGUUUGGCAUCAAUGGCGUCAGAAGCAUUCACCAAACAUCAAGUUAUUCCUGAUGUUCUCCCAUCUGGUGCUCCAUCGAAGACAUUGUCGGUUAAAUACAAUUCUGGAGUUGAAGCCAGUCUGGGAAAUGUUUUGACCCCAACUCAAGUCAAAGAUCAACCAGAAGUUAAAUGGGAUGCUGAAGAUGGAGCUUUGUAUACACUUAUCAUGACUGGUAAACAUUCUUUUAGAAAAUCACUAAAAAUGAAAACAUGUUACAGAUCCGGAUGCGCCAUCUCGCCAAGAUCCAAUUUAUCGCGAAUGGCAUCAUUGGCUCGUCGCAAAUAUUCCAGGAAACGACAUCUCGAAGGGAGAUGUUCUCUCGGCUUAUAUCGGAUCUGGUCCACCACCAAAUACUGGAUUGCAUCGCUACAUUUUCCUUUUGUACAAACAAUCGAAACGUAUCGAAGAUGCGGAACACGGAAAAUUGACAAACACAUCUGGUGAUAAGCGAGGAGGCUGGAAAGCUGCCAAAUUUGUUGAAAAACACGGUUUGGGACAACCGAUUUACGGAAACUUGUAUCAGGUAAUUGUUUCACUUCGUGUUUGUCUUGAAAUAAGUGUAAUUUUGAAUGUCAGGCCGAAUACGAUGAUUACGUUCCAAUUCUCUACAAACAAUUGGGAGCCUAA